AUGGCACCUUCAACAUCAAAGAAAUCCAUUGAAUCAGAUAAGGGAAAAAAGGAGAAAGAAAUAGAGCUUGGAUUAGAAAUAGCUCAGCUAAAAUUACGAAUUAGAGAGCGUGAUCGAAUAAUAUUUGAUUUGGAAGAACAGAUCCGAGGCAAAGAUGCUAUUAUUAUUGAUAGGUGUCAAAUUAUCGAACGCCUUGAGCAAUCACAUUUUGAGCGAUUUUCACCUGAUCAGGACUCUUUGGAUGAAACAUCAGAAAAUACCGUUCGAUGUGUAAAUGUGAAUGAGAGUGAUGAUUUGAAAACGGAAGCACAAGAAGUACAAUUACUGGAAGAAUUAGAAGAAGAACGAAAAUCCAAAGUGAAACUUAUGGAGCAAAAUGAACUUCUGCUACAUCAAUGGGAUGAAGCAUUAGCUUAUGUUGAACAGGUACAAAAGAUGCUCCAAGCUGAACUAAAACGCUCCAAUACACUUAUUGAUGAAAAUGCAAUCCUUCGAAAGCGUAUCAAUGAAACAGUGGUCAUUUCUAAAAGUGGUAUAAAAUUUAUCGCACUUCUGCUUGUUCUAUCCAGUCUUUACCUAUAUUCUUGGAGUUAG